ACGCCCGAGUGCUAGCCGUGGCUAACUUAGCUUAGCAGCGCCGCCAUUACUAAAAAGCCUGAGAGGAUCAAAACAGCCGAUAUCACUUCUCCAGCUUGGUUUGACACCUUUGGUUUGACUGCUGGGUUCAUACUGGUGGGUAUUUGUAAAACGAUUAAUUAUACCUAUUCCUGUUAUACCGGAUGUGAUGCAUUCACUGGCUCAGGAAAUCCAAGGUUUCUCCAAAAACCGCUUGAAGAAGCAGAACACACGUGUAACCACGGUGACGGGCAGGAGGUUGCUGGAGAACAGGAGCGAUGGAGGAGAUGCAGUGGUGGAGGAGGUGGAGCAGGGAGGCGCAUGUGGCUUCAUUGAAGACACAAGUCUGGACCUUCAUGUUGGUGUUGUGAGACCCUUCCUACUGCUGGCCUCUCAGGAUGUGGCCCAUGACAUCGACACUCUGCAGAGGUUUAAGGUGUCUCAUGUGCUGAACGUGGCCUAUGGAGUCACCAAUCUGUUCCCGGAUCAGUUUGUGUACCGGACACUCCAGAUCCUGGACCUCCCAGAUACUGACAUCACUUCCUAUUUCACAGAUUGUAGCUCCUUCAUCGAUCAGGCCAGAGAAGCGGGUGGGGUGGUGCUAGUCCACUGCAAUGCCGGUGUCUCACGCUCAUCAUCUGUUGUGAUUGGUUACCUGAUGUUACGGGAGGGGCUCUCAUUUGAGGAUGCCUACAGGCAGGUGAAACUAGCGAGGUCCUCGAUUUGCCCCAAUCCUGGAUUCUACCACCAACUGCAGUUACAAACCUGGAGGAAGUACAACACCUUGAAAAAAAAUGACACUUAAAAGACUAAACCACCUAAAACGUUUUUUUCCCAGCUCUUUUUUUUCCCAGUCCCAGAUUUGGUGUUAAACUGUUGUUGAAAGUAUGUGCUCUAAUAAGUAAUUUUCUCCUGUGUUAAGUAUUUAUGUUAUAAAUUAGUUUGUGGAGAUUGUGAUUGUUUUAUUCUGUGGGGGGGGUAAAUGUAAAUGGAUGAUCUGAAUAAAUUGCAAAUUCUAAAUCAGAUGGAAGAUCAUUAUACGAGGGCUGUCAAUAAAGUAAGGGUCCUUUUUAUUUUUUUCAAAAACUAUAUGGAUUUCAUUCAUAUGUUUUUACAUCAGACAUGCUUGAACCCUCGUGCGCAUGCGUGAGUUUUUC